AUGAGCAGCACCACCGCCGCCACCAACCCGGCGGAGAGCGUCAGCUCCUGCCACCCUCCCACCCCGCCUUCUUCCCCUCCCCCUCAUCCGGCACCGGCGGUGGUGUCGGCCAUCCACGGCGCCCAACUGAGGCAGCCGUUCGACUUCGCCGACGCCAGCUCCGGCAGCGACGCGGAGGAGGACGAGGACUUCAUCCGCGUCGUGGAAUACAUUGAGCGGGCCCCGCUGUGUGUAUGCGGGCGCGGCCGCUGCGCGGUGGAGCGGGACGAGCAGCGCGGCCGGUGGGUGUACGUCUGCCCGUCGCAGCCGAAGUGCAACCGUGUUUCCGUGUGUGAAGAAGUAGGUCUUGAUCCUGAAUUACAACCUGCUGUUAGGAGCCAUCCUAAACCAAGCAAUAAUUGCGUGAUCAACAUCUCAAGCAAUCAUGUAGCUGAACCUAGAACACCAAUUAAUAAUGUUAAUCUCCGAGGUGCUGGUGCCACAACUCCAAAUAUUGUCAGCCCGCAGGCUACUAUUCCUAAAACUCCACUUAAUUCCACCUUCCAAAGUGCUGGUACUUCAACUCCACUUCAUGUUAUUCCAAAAGGUCCAAGCGCUACAGCUGUGGUUAAAAUUAGUCCCCAAGGAGCUGGAUCUAAUGAUAAAUCGCCAAUCUGCAAGUGUAACGCAGGGAAGUGUAUAGUAUUGAGAAAGGGCAGCGAAGACUACUAUGUAUGUCCUAUACCCAAGGGAUCAGGCGCAUGCAGUUACAUGGCACCUGUAGUUGCUGCUGUUAAUGAACCAACAGAAACUGGAACAAGGGGGGACAAGCAUUUGAAGGACAAUCUUGUUGAGAAGGAAGAUAAUGGAAACAAUCUAGAUCAAGCACAAGACAACAAUGCAAAUGGAUCGGUCAAUCCUCCUCAACCUGAUGAGAAAGAAGUUCAUGGAAACAAUCUAGUUCAAGCACAAGACAACAAUACAAAUGGAUCAGUCAAUCAUCCUCAACCUGAUGAGAAAGAAGUUCAUGGAAACAAUCUAGUUCAAGCACAAGACAACAGUGCAAAUGGAUCAAUCAAUUCUCAAUCUGAUGAUGAAUGGCCAUUUGAAGUCGCCGAUAAUGAAAUUGUACUCACAGCCCAAACAAGGACAAGUGCUGAAGUUCGUCAGGCAUCACCAAGUAUGAAGUGCGAAACGACUGCCAUGGCAUCAGAAGCACCCACAGAAUCACCCGUGCCACCUUAUGAUACCAGCAGUCCCAUUAAUCCACGCUCAGAAAACAGUGUGUCCCCAACUGGUAGGAUAUUAGAAGCAUGUGGUGAACUGAUCAUCUCAUGCUGCUCUGGGCUGUGUCCCCCAUAA